CUUAAAAUAAAUGACUAUUCGACAAUGGAUAAUUCGUUGCUGGUACUCGUCGUGUUGUAUUCAAUAUUAAGUGAAGCAGUCAGCGACCAGUGCAAAAAUGAUUGCCCACAAGAGGGUAAGACGAUAUGCGCGUUGAGUGAAAAGGACAGAAAGUAUAUUAUGUUUCCAUCCGAAUGUGCUUUGAAGGCUUACAGUGCUUGUCAUAAUGUUGAAUUGGCAACAACACCAAUCAAGUUCUGCAUUAACAAUGAGAUAAAGAAGUUCAGGAGGAUGUAUGGGGAGUCCUGCCCAUUGUUCUGCCCCACCCAUUACAGGCCUGUCUGUGGCAUGAACAAUAUGAGAUCCUAUAUGUAUAAGGCGUUUAACAACGCUUGCUACUUCGACAUGCUCGCUUGUAGGGGCGAUGAGAUGAAUGAAUACACAGAAGUGCCAUUAGAAUUUUGUCAGAGGCAUCUCAUGAAGAAUAUAUUUAAGGAGAAGGUUGUCGUCUCCGGCCUCCACGACUACAGAGAUUACCACGAAUAUUAAUAUGAAAGAAUCAUAUGCAUCGUUUUGUAAUAAUAUCCAUAGAGUUAUUUUAUUAUUAUUAAAUGUA